AUGGCUGAUGAUUUCAAUGAAUACAAACGGGAAAUGGUGACUUUGUAUACACCAUUCCGAGACGAAGAAAAUGAAAUUCUUGCAGACACUAAAUUCAUACAGAUUUACGACGACAACGAAAUGUUGAUUUUGGAGCGACAUAAAGAAUUCUCAUCGAAUUUAGAUAUCCAGAAAACCAUCGAGAUAUGCCGAGAGUUGUGUCAUGAAGAUGAAUUAAAUCAAGAUGAUGAUGCUGAAGGAGACAACGUAGGUCGCCUUUUUCCUGAAGCAAAUCUUUUUCAAGAAUUGUAUAACGCUGACCACAUAAUGAAAGACGAUCUGCAGUUAGCAACACUUAACAAACUGGGUGCUAUCGCAAAGAAGAGGGAUAAUUUAAUGUCUAAUGAACAAUUUUAUGAACUAAUGAGAAUGGCCAAUCAGACGCAGAAAGCACUCCUGAUGCAUGUGAUUGCUAAUCUCAAACCGAUCACCACUCCAAAUAAUGAUGGUUUUUGCAAUGCUUACAUCGCAUGUGCAUCAACAGGAAAGGCUGAAAUAGCAAUUGAUGGUACGACAAUCCACACUGCAUUGAAAAUAUCCCUUUCCAAACUAUUACCAUUAUCAAUUGAAGUGGCUCAACAGUACAGAAUGCUCUUCAAAUACGUCCAAGUUAUACUCAUCGAUGAGGUCAGUAUGGUAGGAGCGGAAUUGCUGUCUCAAAUUGACGCACGGUUAAAACAAAUAACAGGAAAUUUUCAAGAUAAUUUUGGAGGAAUGGAUAUCAUUUUCAUAGGUGAUUUGCGUCAGUUACCUCCAGUGCGUGCUACACCCAUCUAUCAGGUAACAAAACGACGCAUAGCAGAACCAACACUUUGGCGUGACUUGAAGUUCUAUGAAUUGGAUAAAGUCAUGAGACAAGCGAAUGCUGAUUUCUCCUCUUUAUUAACUAAAAUUGGAAAUGGCGAAGAAUUGGAUCAAGAACAGAUACACCUAAUCGAAUCUCGUUUCUAUACAAGAGAGGAAGCAGAUCGUCUUUGUCCACAUGGGAUUCGGCUAUAUUUGACAAAUAAUGCUUCUCAAUUUGUACGACAAAAAUUGCAUAAAAAAACGGUAAUAGACACUGGAGGUCUGCCCUAUGAGAUAAUACUGGUGUUAGAUAAAUGGUACAUAAUAACAACCAAUCUGGAUGUCUCGGAUGGUUUAGCAAACGGCGCAGUUGGUAAACUAGUUCAUAUCGAAACUGAUGAGGCAGGGGCAGUAACUCGUGUGUGGCUGGAAUUUCCAGAUUCACCAAAGGCGGGCAGAAGAUCCGGAGAAAAGCUGCUGCAUUCAUCCAAGCAAACAACAUCAGCCACACGGCAGUUCCCAUUGCACGAAGAACUUCUACGAUAUAUUUGA